CUGAAAUUAAGCUUGAUGGAGGAACUGGUAGGUCUAGAUGAUUCGAGAGAAGCCUGCGAUCUUCGUAGAAUAUGAUUCGCGAGUAGAUCUUGUAGUUCCUUUAGACUACCUCGAAAAAUGACGAGCAUAAGUAGUCGAUACACUGUGAUGAGAAAAGUUCCCUCGUUCCUGCCUACCCUCGGCUUCUGACGUUGUUCCUGCCUACUAUGACAAAGGCUUCUGACGUUGUCCCUGCCUACACAUGGCGAGGUCACGGAGAAUCGUGGGCUGAUUAUGUGGUAGCAGCGAUUGUGCACUUGUUGCCGUUAAUGCUUUUAGCGAUUGUUAUAUCCUUAGACUCAUUCAGUGAAAUUGGUUCAGAUGAAUUGUAAUGUUGAGGUUGGAAUAAAUUCACAAUGAACUACUAUUCCUCGUCGUCAAGUCGUCGUGAUAAAAAAACUCCAUGAAGCUGUCGAAAUCAUUUAUUCACAAUGGCGAAUGGGAAUCCUGUGUACCACUUGUUCCAGUAAAUCUGCACGAGAAAAAAUGGAAAUCCAGUCUCAACAAUGGAGGAAUAUGAAACAGGCAUCGCAAGGUUGAUCCCCUGUUCCAGUAAGCAACUAUAAGUAGUCGUAUGUUAGUCGAAGAUACAACUAAGAAGAAAGUAGUCAUUCAAUAAUUUCCCUUCUUAUUUUCAUCAUCACCGACAGGUUUCUUGAUCCAAAUUGAUUGAUUGCGGCGAUAUUAACCCUAAGCGGAUCGGGAUUCUGGUAGAUUAUACUUAUCUGGUGUGAGUACAUGGUGACGGUCUAAUGAGAAUCAUUAAAGACUAAUAUAUACAACAUUAGUUGGUUCUAGAUGACGUUAAUCUAAACUCUUGUAUUUCCCUCUUUUCUUCUUUUCGUGUCUUCGUACAAGGAAGCGAGAGACAAAUAAAAAUGGUUGAGCAAAGGAUAUGCUACGUUGGCGGCCUGGCCGAGGAGAUGACGGAGGAGGCCUUACGCGCUGCUUUCGCGCCAUUUGGCGAAAUAAGGGAGUGUAAGAUACCUACAGCCAACAAGGACAGCAAGAGUUCUAAGCAUAGAGGCUUUGGCUUCGUUGAAUUCGAGGAGGAAGAGGAUGCAAAAGCCGCGAUAGACAACAUGCACGAGUCGGAGUGCUUCGGGAGGACACUAACAUUAUGAAUUUGUUUGAUUUUUUACGCAAGGCCAAGGCAUUCAUGACAUCUACCGUAGUUGUCAAACUAGAAUUUUUUUUAGGAGAUCUAAUAUGACACAACAAAGGUAGAACAGGCUCAAUGAUUGACUGAAUGCUAGUACAGAAGAUUGAUUAUGUUAUACGUCAUAAUGCUAAAGUUAGUGCGGCUCAUAGCUGCUAUCGACAUAUUCAGUGUAAAGGAUAUUUGACUAAUCUACGUUUUGGUGGUCAGUCCUUUGAUUUAGUUUUCCAGUUACUAUUUCCCCUCAUAAUAUUGUUGACUUCCUCUUUCAUACUCGGUGAACCAUAGUCGAGCGCAAGCAAACAGGCAGCCGGACAAGGCGGCGCGACCGAUAUGGGCAGAUCAGUUUCUGCAUGUGCAGAAACUUCAGGCGGCUGGUCUGCAAAAAAGGAACUGGCGCAUGUAAUGGCGUAUCUAAAAUCUCGUGUUGGCUGGGAAAACUUCUGUGUGGGACGAUCAUCUUGGACGUUUAUGUGCUUGGCUCGCUUGCCUUGGUUAGAUCAUGUGAAAUUUUUCUAGACUUCGCGAUUUUCUAGUCUUUGCGAUCUGUGUUUUGGGUUCGGAAAAGUACCCAAUGACCUAGCAACGACAAUGACACGUGUGCUGGUCAUGCGAUCCCUGAUUCGUCCAUCCUGAUCAUAGACCCAGAUAAACCGAUGCUUUUACCAUGACCCCAAAUAGAGUGAGGCCACUUGUGUCGUGCCUGGUCCGUUUCGUCAUUUAUCUUCAUGCGAUUUGAUGCGCGCAUCGAACUGCAUCCGUUCUAACACGGAGAGGGCGAC